AUGCACAAGUUCCGACGUGAGGCUAAACAUGCGGCUUGGUACUCCGAUGAUGGCCCUCGCAGGAACCCUUUUGGUAGAUGGAGGCCCCCUGACAGGGCAAAUACUCUGCAAAGUGUGUCCCCGGGCAGUGCUGCACCUCUCAGAAUCGUACAGACAGACCACUCGAACCACUAUCGACGUUCCAGCGGACAGUCGCAUGCGAUCUUGCCCGCAAGUGAAAGGCCGUCGCACGGCAUUGCACCCUCCACUCUAGAGGCCUCUCACACCGAGGCUGAAAUUCAGAGGACAUCAAGUCCCGAACACUACUUUUCCGAGCACGAAGAGCGCACUGACAAUCCAGCAAACCCUGAAACUCCCGCAGUCCAAGAGAUUGACCCCGAGAAGCCAGGGGUCCGAGAGUCUCCUUCCCCUUCGUCAAAGGUAGAGAAUCAGGAUGAGGAGGGCGGUGGUGAACCUUCAACGGACAUUCUGCACCCUCGCAGGGCCGCUCAAAAACUCAAUCCGGACUCGCAGCUCCAAAAAGAGGCCGACAAAGAAAAAGAAAGCGACCACCAUAACGGACGUGAAGAGGCUGUCCAAGUAUUUUCCACUUGGUCACAGAUCCGCGCGACCGUGUUCGGUUCUUGGAUCAACGUGCUGUUCUUGUUGGUCCCGGUCGGCUUCGCGCUCAAUUAUGCCAACGUGGAUGCGGCAGCUGUCUUCGCCAUCAACUUUGUCGCCAUCAUCCCGUCCACGCUGAUGAUAUCUUUCGCGGUCGACCAGAUCACUUUCCGCUUGGGAGAGCUACAAGGAGCAUUGCUCAGUAUAACAUUCAGCAACGCUACGCAGCUGAUCUCCUCGGUACUCCUCCUGAAGCACAAGCAGAUGACGAUCCUCAAGACGUCGCUCCUCGGAAGCAUCAUCUCGAACUUGCUGUUCAUGACCGGCCUGUGCUUUUUCUUUGGAGGCAUCAACCGCAUCGAGCAGACCUUCAACGUCACCGUCGCGCAGACUGUCAGCAUGAUGCUCCUGCUCGCAGUCAUCAGUCUGGUCGUGCCCACGGCGUCACGCCUCAUGGUAGCUGGCAUCACAGACCACGACAUCGUCGUCCAGUCUCGGGGCACGUCGAUCAUGAUCCUGGUUUCGUACGCGCUGUACCUUCUUUUCCAACUGAAGAUGCACAGGCGCCUGUUCGACAAGCCCAGCGAGAGGCCGCGCAAAGUAGCCAUUAAAAAGUCGACGCGCGUGGUCGUGCCCGACAAGUUGCGCCCAUCGCCACCGGUCGCCGCUGCCCGCCGCGAACAGAUCGAGGACUCCCCGGAGGAUGAGUACCGUGAAGAAGAAGACGGCGGCGGCAACGACGACGACGACGACGACGACGACGUGGAAGCGGAGGAGGAAGAGACCCCCGUAUUGUCCUUUCUCGCCGCUUUUGUGACCCUGAUCGUCUCGACUGUCCUGGUCGCCUUCAACGCCGACUUCGCCAUAGGCAGCGUCCAGAAGAUGGUGCGGCAGGCCGGCGUCUCCCAGACGUUUGUCGGCUUCGUCAUCUUCCCCCUCCUUUCCAACGAUCCGGAAUCCAUCUUCCUCGCCGCCAGGAACAAGCUCUACCUCAGCAUCUCGCUCACCCUCGACAAGUGCAUGCAGGUCGCGCUGCUCAUCGUGCCCCUGCUGGUCAUGAUCGCCUGGGCCAUGGCCAACGAGGAAAUGACGCUGGACUUUGACGGGUUUCCGGUCGUCGUCUCCUUUGCUUUUGUCAUCGUCGUGGCCUACGUCGUGCAGGAAGGGAAGUCGAAUUGGCUCACGGGCGCCCUGCUGGUGAAGGUCUAUGUCAUUGUCGCCUUGGCCACGUAUUGUGUCCGUUGA